CUCCGGACCUCAGGUGAGAGCCAGUGACAACUCAACCCAAAGAAGUGGAGCAGGAACGGAAAGAAACAGGAAGAAGGAGAAGAAGACACCAUCGGUCCCACAAUGUCUAUGACCAAGAGACUAUUCAAGGAGCUUGAAGAAAUCCGAAAAAAUGCGGCGAAGUACUUUCGCAAUAUUCAAGUGGAUGAAUCGAAUGUUUUGAGCUGGCAAGGGCUCCUCGUUCCUGAUUGUGCUCCAUAUGACAAAGGAGCAUUUCGGAUUGAAAUCAUCUUCCCCGCGGAGUACCCCUUCAAGCCACCUAAGGUCACCUUCAAGACAAAAAUCUACCACCCCAACGUUGACGAGAAGGGUCAGGUGUGCCUGCCGGUCAUCAGCGUGGAGCACUGGAAGCCAGCGACAAAAACUGAAACUGUGAUUAGCAACCUCGUUAGUCUGGUGAACACCCCUCAACCGGAGCACCCGCUGCGGGCCGACCUGGCCGAGGAGUACAGCAAAGACCGCGCCAAAUUCAUGAAGAACGCCGAGGAGUUUACAAAGAAACACAGUGAAAAGCGGCCCGUCGACUGACGGCGUUGACACCGGCCUCCUUUCUGUUUCCCGUUCCAAGUGCCCGCCCUGACUCUCUGUUCUUACCCCCCAAAACUACACAGAGACGCCCUGUUCUGCAUAUCUGCUUGUUUUUAGCACUCCCCAACCACUCCUUAAUGAUGAUAGGGGCUUGUGUUUCUGUUUCACUUUGCCAAAAUCAAAAAAGAAAAGCAGGACUUUUUGGUGAAUAGGCAGGCUCCGGCCUCUAGGUGUCGCCUUUUGGUUCUUUUAUGUUCUUUCUACUGAUUUCUUUUUAGAAAAAACAAAACAGAAAAUAGUCUGAGGUGGUGUCCUAGAAAGUUACAAAGUCAGAAACAAUAUAAAGUGCUGUUCUGCUUACUUAAAUGUUGAAUGUUUUUUUCAGAUUAAUCAUUAGCUCCUGCCGACCUGUUUAGAUAUUUUUUUUAAAGCUUUUUUGUUUUCCAAGCGUUAACAAAAUGCACAGAUAAUCUAAAGCUGUUGUUUAUAUCUGUCGUCUUUAUUUCUCUUUUCUUUUCCCUUAUGAUACACUGUAUUUUGUGAGAUCACCUGGAAAUUAAAGUUUGUUACUGAAAUGCAGAAUUCCACUUGUAAACUCGGAGAUUUGUGAAAAUGCAACUACAUUGUACAUGUUUUUGUAUUUUGGGAUGUUGUGAGGAAAAAGUCUCAUAAUUAAAAGCUCUUCCACCUCUGCUGGCCUCCCAGGAACGUGCAUAGUGUCAGUGAGCAUCGUUGUUUUUCAGAAACAGUCCCACGGUUUAUUUUUUUAUUUUAACACGUUCUGCCAAAGUGGCUUUAAACCCACAAGCUGCUCAGCUGCUCUCUGUUUGACUCUGUCACCCCCUCCUGCUUGUCUCUCUCAUCACAACACUGACAACAUUUUCACAAUGAGAACAAGCUCUACAAAGCACUGAUUGAUUCAAGCAUUAAAAUAUAGUUUCCAACCUGCAGUGUGGCUGUGAUCAGCUUCUCUCCAUCUUAAACACGCUGUAAUUAGGAUCUUAACAUUCUCUGAUAGCUGACGGAGCACACCAGCCGACUGAGGGUGAUAUCUGCAGGUGGAGGGCAGAGGGUCACUAUUGAAUAAAGAUCUGCGAUGGAUGCUUAAA